AUGAAUAGAGAAUUGGCUUAUGCAGUCACUUUUGUCAUUCUCUUACUAUCUUCCCUAUUAUUUUUCAACUUUGAGACCCUCUUUGAUCAAGAUUCUCCUUCAUAUUUUGGUUUCUUGUCACGUAUCAUCCCCAAGAAUUUUCAUGCACAGCCAUCAGUCGCCGGAGGCUGCGAUUUUUCAAGAGGCCGGUGGGUGUGGAAUGAAGGCUACGCUAGUAAAUCAUAUGAUGAAAGAUGCCCGUUUCUUGAUCCCGGUUUCCGGUGCCGGCAAAACGGACGGCAAGAUGAUGGUUUUCACAAAUGGAGAUGGCAACCGGAAGGUUGUGAUCUUCCCCGAUUCAACGCCAGUGACUUCCUAGAGAGGACUCGAAAUGGACGGGUGGUGUUUGCCGGCGAUUCGGUCGGGAGAAACCAUUGGGAGUCUUUGCUGUGCAUGCUUUCUAUAGGGAUCUCUAACCUGUCCAACAUACAUGAAGUGAAUGGAAACCCUAUAAGCAAACACAAGGGCUACCUUGCAAUGAGGUUCAAGGAAUUCAACAUGACAGUAGAGUACUAUAGGGUACCAUUCCUCUCCGUCAUCGGUCACCCACCACCAAAUUCAGCUGCCGAGGUUCGAACGACUAUUAGGGUUGAUGAGUUGCACUGGUAUUCCAAGAAGUGGGAGGGAGCAGAUAUUCUUGUUUUCAAUUCAGGGCACUGGUGGAACCAAGACAAAACUAUCAAAUCGGGUAGCUACUUCCAGGAAGGAGGGAAGGUGAAUAUGACCAUGGAUGUGAUGGAAGCAUUUAGGAGAUCCUUAGAGACAUGGAGAUCAUGGGCAUUGAACAAUUUAGAUCCAAUGAAGAGUUUCAUCUUCUUUCGAAGCUAUGCCCCUGUUCAUUACAGGAAUGGGACAUGGAAUGAGGGGGGAAACUGUGACAUGGAGACAGAACCAGAAAAAGACCCUAAAAAACUUGAACCUGAUCCAUACUAUAACAGAGUUAUAUCUGAUGUUAUCAGACAAAUGCAAUAUGGGAACUGGAAAGUGCAAUUCUUGAACAUCACGUAUCUUUCAGAGCUGAGGAAAGAUGGUCACCCUUCCAAGCACCGGGAGCCGGGCACCCCAGUCGAUGCUCCUCAGGAUUGUAGCCACUGGUGCUUACCGGGAGUGCCGGACACAUGGAAUCAACUUCUUUAUGCUCAACUAACUCUCUAA